AUGUGUCCUGUUUUGCUGGAUCAUCUCGUAGAGCUUGCUGCGAUAAUCGUCCACGCUGAGCUGGAUAUGAUCGGGCAGAGGAAGGAGCACAUCGUAAUUCAGUGCUGGUUCGUCGAUUGGCGAGUGGAAUUGCAACACAUACGGGUGUAUCAGGCAUUGGUCUACGUUGAGACGUUUAUGGGGCGCGAAAAUCAACAACCUAUAAUACGUUUUCUUUCAUAUUUUCGUCAUAUAAACGUGAAAUCCUGA